AUCAACAACUGUGUGUCAAGCCGCCUGCCCUGAUUUCGAAUCGAAUUUACCUUUAAACCAGGCACAAGUGCAUUUCAGACCAUUUCAUACCACCCAACCUUUUCGCGAAUUCGUCAUGUUUAACCAACUCAACUCUUGGACUUCGCAUCGAUCGAUCUUGAACGUCCACAAACUCAGAGUAUGCUGCCACGUCGCUCUCGUCGCCCUAUCAAUCUUUUUACUCGCUUCCACUUCGGUCGUGCUUGCCUACUCGAUCAAGAUGUACUAUGGAAGCUUCUUACAUGCCAUACCUGAACUACUCACUGCCAGCGUUGUGAUGAUGAUCGUCCUCGGCAUGGCUUGGCUACCAAGUGAUGAGUAUGUGGGACUAUAUGGCUUCAGCUUCAUGAGAACGGUCCUUCAAGAAACCAUUUGGACUGGGGCUUUGUCCUUGAUGACCUUUGGUGGCGUUGCGUCUUUACAUCAAUCUACCCCAGGUCUCAUGACCAGCUGCGGUAAAUUCUUCAUAUGCAGAGGUUAUAUUUCAAUCUUUGUCUCGGCUUGGCUUUGCUGGCUAGCGAUCACGAUACCCUUCGGAUUACUCCUUACUUCAGCUAUCUACCAAACCAUCCGGCGCAAAGUACAUAAUAAGUCUGUAUGGUCCUCUCCAGCUGCUCGAUUCGAGUACUUCUGGCCCGGCGAAGCCGGAAAGAAAUCUCUAGGAUGGACUGGACGACACAGUCGAGUAGAGCCUGCGCGCGUACCGGUCGGUAACCUCGAUCCUUUCUCGAACGAAAAGCAUGGCUCUCCAGCUGCUCAAGUCUAAGAACCGAAUCAAUCCAGAGCCAAUUUGUCACACUCUUUCAAUAUGGACACGCCAAAACGUAUACAAACUUUUUACUUAUCAACGUCCAAUUCAAGUCUUACCCUCGCUACAAAUUCACACCAACAUUUGGCACGAAAUCUUUCACGCUCUCGUUCUUUGACUUUCCGUUCGGCUUUCCUACUCAUCACAAUUUUGAAACAGCUUUGAAGAUUUCUGCUAGUCUACUUUGCUAUACCAACCAUAGGCCCUUUAUUUUCUGUGGUCUUUUUACAUUAUUACAGCUGAGCAUCACCUCAUUUGUUUUGCCGGUCCAACUUUAGUUUCACCUUAUCCGACCUCCGAUUCAUCUGUAUUGACUACAGUCUUUUAUAGGGCUCUCUUUUUAUGCCGAUUAUCUAGUGAUGUGAUUAGUACUUUCUUUAUCUUUUGGAUCAUUUUUGACUUGAUCAUCUACGUAUACUUGCGCAUAAUCUUUGGUUGUAGAGACUGUGUGUUUGUAUUCAAGGUGGAUUGGGGUUUCUUUCGCUUGUUUUGUGGUGCAGUAGUUAUUUAUGGAUUGGUACAAUAUACAAACAGACUCUUGGUCCUUUUGAGCGUUCCAAA